AUGGCGGAGGCGGCUUGGCCCGACAGUGUGUACGACCGCGUAUACAAGCUCGAUAGACACGAGAAGCAACGUUUCAUCUACAUGGCCCACCGAAACGGGUCUGAGCACUUAUGCCUCACAUCUAUCAAAGUGCCACGAAACACACAUAUAAGAGCUCCUGUUAUGACCGAGUUAAAGAUAAACUGUACUGUAAUUAUACACAAAUGUCAGGGGAACCCAAAGAUCUCAUUUUGCAAAAUCUAUGGAAAUGAUUGUAAAGCCGUCGAUCAAUCAAACCACAUAAAAACUAUGUGGAGGAAUUUCGCACAGCAGGAAGGGAUGUUAUUCCUGACGUUUCUGAACAUAUCUAUGGAUGAUGCAGGUUUAUACAGAUGUAAAAGCCAGAACUCUGUAAGUCAUCACAUAAAUGUCACGGUGACCGAUGUUUUUUUAGCAAAUAAGGAUAAUUCAGUUUCUGGGAAUCAAAGCAGCACAAGUAAUGAGAUAAAUAAAAUGGAGGUUCUGCAGUGGUUUUGGCCAAAAGUGUCUCUCUUAGUAGGGCUGGUGGUCACAGUAAUCACGGUUUCAUUAUCUAUCAUCAGAUGCCAAGGGGGAAAAUCAGCAAGAAAAGAUACAACAACCACAGUUCAGUACAUGGAAACACAAAGAAGUGAUCUGACUACUCCGUCUCCUCCUCAUCACAACAUCCACCCCUCAGCCUGACUGACCUCGGCUUAUGACACGCCACCUGUCAGAGCAGGACCGUCCAUCAGAUGAAAGACUCUCAAAAAAAGUUUGACAGACCUGAGUAAAAAGAGAAUCCUCUUGUGUA